AUGUACAAAUUAUAUUAUACUAAGCCAGAUUUCCGCAUAUUUUUGGGUCAUACGGUCAUCGUCAAGGCUCAUUCCUCGGAAGUUGCUACGACGGCGUUUUCGUUUGGUUCCGGUUUCUCCAUGUCUAUUUCUUCCUCUACCAACCUCCGCUCCUCCGCUUGUUCGUCUCCGAUCUCAGCUACUUUGGAGAAGAGACUGGAAGCAGUAGACUAUACAAGAACGAACAAUGUGAGCUUUGAGCAGACGAAGGAAAAGAUUAGGAAGAUGUUAGAGAAAGUGGAGCUUUCUGUUUCGGCGUAUGAUACUAGUUGGGUAGCAAUGGUUCCGUCUCCAAGCUCCCAAAACGCUCCACUUUUCCCACAGUGUGUGAACUGGUUAUUGGAGAAUCAACGUGAAGAUGGAUCUUGGGGACUUGAUGAUAAUCACAAGCAUCAGUCUCUUAACAAGGAUUUGUUAUCAUCUACAUUGGCAUGUAUUCUUGCGUUGAAGAAGUGGGGAACUGGUGAAAGACAAAUAAGCAAGGGUCUCCAGUUUAUUGAGCUGAAUUCUGCAUCAGUCACUGAUGAAACCAUAGAGAAACCAGCAGGAUUUGACGUUAUAUUUCCUGGGAUGAUUGAAUAUUCUAGAGAUUUGAAUCUGACGAUUCCAUUGGGCUCAGAAGUGGUGAAUGCCUUGAUACAGAAAAGAGAUCUGGAUCUUAGAAGUGAAAGCUUUUCAAAAGGAAAAGAAGCAUAUCUGGUCUAUCUUUUAGAAGGAACAAGAAAGAUUAAUGAUUGGGAUUUGAUUGUGAAAUACCAAAGGAGAAAUGGUUCCCUGUUUGAUUCUCCAGCCACAACCGCUGCUGCAUUUACUCAAUUCAGAAACGAUGGCUGUCUGCGUUAUCUCUCUUCUCUCCUCCAGAAAUUUGAGGCUGCAGUCCCCACAGUUUAUCCCUUUGACCAAUAUGCACGCCUUAGUAUGAUUGACUCUCUUGAAAGCUUGGGAAUCGAUAGGGACUUCAAGAAUGAAAUCAAAAGCGCAUUGGAUGAAACAUAUAGAUGCUGGCUGCGUGGGGAUGAAGAGAUAUGUCUGGACUUGGCCACUUGUGCUUUGGCUUUCCGAUUACUGCAUUCUCAUGGAUAUGAUGUAUCAUACGAUCCGCUAAAACCAUUUGCUGAAGAAUCUGGUUUCUCCGAUACUUUGGAAGGAUAUCUGAAGUAUACAACUUCUGUGUUAGAAUUAUUUAAGGCUUCCCAAAGCUACCCACAUGAAUCAGCUUUGAAAGAGCAGUGUUCGUGGACUAAACAAUACCUAGAGAAGGAAUUAUCUAACUGGCCGAUCAUCUCUGUUCGAGAUAAGUACCUCAAGAAAAAGGUUGAGGAUGCUCUUGCUUUUCCUUCCUACGCAAGCCUGGAAAGAUUAGACCAUAGGAGAAACUUACUCAGUGGUUCCUGUGUGGGAAACGCUAGGGUUGUGAAAACAUCUUAUCGUUUCCCCAAUGAUUGCAGCUCUGAUAUCCUGAAGUUAGCCGUGGAGGACUUCAAUUUAUGCCAGUCCAUACACGGUGAAGAAAUGAAACGUCUUGAUAGAUGGAUUGUGGAGAAUAGAUUGCAGGAACUGAAAUUUGCCAGACAGAAGCUAGGUUACUGUUACUUCUCUGGUGCUGCAACCCUUUUUUCUCCAGAACUAUCCGAUGCUCGUAUAUCGUGGGCCAAAGGUGGAGUGCUUACAACUGUUGUAGACGACUUCUUUGACGUUGGAGGUUCCAAAGAAGAAAUGGAAAACCUCAUAGACUUGGUCGAAAAGUGGGAUUUGAACUCUGGUCCUGACUACUGCUCGGAACAAGUGAAGAUCAUUUUCUCAGUUCUGAGGGACACAAUUCUCGAAACAGGGGAAAAAGCAUUCAUCUAUCAAGGACGCACUGUGACUCACCACAUUGUGAAAAUUUGGUUGGAUUUGCUCAAGUCUAUGUUGAGAGAAGCCGAGUGGUCCAGUGACAAGCUAACACCAAGCUUGGAGGAUUACAUGGAGAACGCAUACAUAUCAUUUGCUUUAGGACCAAUUGUCCUCCCAGCAACCUAUCUAAUCGGACCACCACUUCCAGAAAAAGCUGUCGAAAGCCCUGAAUAUCAUCAGCUCUACAAGCUCAUGAGCACUAUGGGUCGUCUACUAAAUGACGUACAAGGCUUUAAGAGAGAAAGCGCGGAAGGGAAGCUGAACGCGGUUUCAUUGCACAUGAUACACGAGCAAGACAAUCGCAGCAAAGACGAGAUCGUAGAGUCGAUAAAGGGUUUAGCAGAGAGAAAGAGGAGAGAGUUGCAGAAGCUAGUUUUGGAGGAGGAAGGAAGUGUGGUUCCAAGGGAAUGCAAGGAAGCGUUCUUGAAAAUGAGCAAAGUGUUGAACUUAUUUUACAGGAAAGACGAUGGAUUCACCUCAAAUGAUCUGAUGACCGUUGUCAAAUCUGUGCUCUACGAGCCUGUGACCUUACAGGAUGAGUCUUCAACUUGUUGA